CCAAUCCUUACCAAAACCAUAACAUUCCCCUUUUGUUGUAAAUAUUUUUAUAUAUUUUAUUUAGUUGCCAACAUAAGUGCAAGAAUGUUAACAGGAGGACAAAUAUGAAAAAAAGGCAAAAAAGUUAAACAAAAACGUGUUAAAAAAAAAAUAUAAUUUCCAGGCAUCCUCCGAAUACAAGAAGAAGAAAAAGGAUAUGGUUACACAGAGGCCAUUGAAAAAAUUUCAUUUACUUUAAGUAUAUGAAAAUUGUGUUUGAAAACAUUGCCAGAUUUUUUUUUUUUUUAAUUAAUUUGAUGUUGGCCUGGUCUUAAAAAAAGCUAUUAAACUUUUUUUGAGUUACAAAAUUUCAAACUUGAUUUAUCAUCUUGCCGUAUCAUUCAAGAAAAAGGUGUAGGAAUGUUUCUUUUUUAUUUUGUUGAUUGAUUAGUGACUAAAUAAUUAAAAGAAAAAUAUUGUUGUGUUGAUUUUAUCGAAAAUCAAAAAUCCCAACCAACUUGAAGAUAUGUUUCAAAAAUCAGUGAUAUUUUAUGCCUGAAAAUAAAAGUAUUGAAGGGAUUUGUCAUCUGAAUUAUAUGUACUGAAAAAAGAUGGAAAAUGUGUUAAAAAGUAUAUAGAUUAAAAAUUUAAGAAAAAAAUAAUUAUUAAAAGAGAAGAGCCGCAUGUCUUCCGAUGACGGUAAUUCAUAUCAAAAGAACAAUCAUCACCAAACACGCCUCCUCCAUCAUACCCCCCAACAACCACCGCCGAAUCCAUCAAGUUCAAGCAAAUAUACUGGAGGUGGAAGCGGAACUGGAGGAUCGAGUAGCAAUCGCAAUUUGGCACAAAAACAGCAUCACCACCACCAGCAACAAUCAUCAUCAUCAACAUCUUCUUCUAAGCAACAAUCAAUGUUACUCUCGUCUUCGUCAUCAUCGGCGGUAUCAUCGUCAACAUCGGCUAGUGGCAUAAUUUCAUCAUCUCAUCAGCAUUAUCAUCAACAGCAAAAUCCAAAUAAUGAAAGUGCAACUAAUCUAGGAAGUAGUUCCAACAAUCGCCGAAAAUCUUCCCUGACCUAUCAGCACCAACAACUGAUGGCGGCAGCAUCAUCAUCAGAUGGAACAACAAUGGUGGAUAUCGGUGAUAUUGAUGUAGCGAGGAGUCCAAGCACUUUUGCUUCGCCAAAUCGUUACAGUCCAAAUCCGACUGACGGACCAUUCCAUCACAUUGGAUCCAAAUUAUCGAUUCAUGCGAUCGAUAGUCGGUAUGACGAUACAAUGACGUGUUGCCUGCCGCCGCCAUCACCAGCACCGAAUUGUGACCGUUUCAUAAUGAGCAUUCCAUCGCCAUCGAGCUCAGUUAGUAGCAAUAGUCAUUUUAACGAUGCGCAACCAUCAUCGUCAUCAGCUUUGAUAACUGGCUCUCAAUCUUCGUCAUCAUCACAGUCGGCAUCACAGCAGCAGCAGCAGCAACAAUCGUCUGCGGGGGCGAACAUAACGCACAAAUAUGGUGGCGUGGUAGCAAACAGUUCACUUCAACGUUCAAUGUCACCGAAUUCGCGUUAUCGCUUACCCGACCGCUAUCGCGAAAUCUCCCCAAAGUGUGAUCGCUUUGUACCAUCACCUCAUUUUCUGUCGAAUAGCACACCAUUAGUUUCGAAUGAUAUUUAUCUAUCAUCGACAGUGCAUACACCUGUCAAACGCUAUGUCCCUACUCCGCCUCCUCCUACAGAAGUCUACUCAGACGUUCCACAUCAUUCAACGUCAACUUCAUCGUCUUCAUCAAUGGGCGGUAGCUAUCACACACUAGUCAAAAGCCCAAACCUGCCUCAUCAAACACAAUCUUCUUCAUCACAACAACAACAACAACAACAACAACAUAAUGUCAGCACUUUGCCGUAUCGAUUUCGUAUGAAAUGUUGCAUCAACGAUCAGCCGGCGUCUGUCUCAGCAAAUUUGUCCGCUUUGAGUCAGAAUACUCCCCAUCAUGAGCGACUUGCUGCAGCAGCAAAUCAUUAUGCCACUUCACCCCGUGUGCGGGGUAGUUUUAAGUGCACAUUAACCAACGAUACAAUUGCUGUUGAACCAUCGCCACAGAGGCAUAACAACGUUUCAAAUAGCUACCAGCAGCAGCAACAAUCAAAUACAUCAGCAACGCCAAAUAAUGUGCGUGCAUCUCGAAAUAAUUCGUGCAUUCUCAAUGAUUAUGUAUCACGCACACCAAGCAUCGAAUAUAUUGGCUCAAGUGUUGGACGAAUUUUGACUCCAGUAAGUAUACUCUCAGAGCCAAGCAUGGGAGCUUGCUUGCAUUGCAAUACUAUAAGGCGAACGACUGGUGUACAUCAGACAACUCAAACUACGGGUCCUGUUAGUCCGGUGCCAUUGCAAAAUUUACCCGAGGUUUCAGAUUUGGCCGAGAGUGCCACUUCAAAUGAGCUUACCUCUUCCACUUCCACCCCAUCGACCAACGAAUCACACAUUUCUCCGUUAUCACCAUCGCAACAAUAUCAGCAGCAACAAGAACAGUUGCAAGUUCAUCAGAGGAAUCCUGAAAUGAUGUACGUUGAGCAGCAACGCCGAAAUCACUCACAUGGUAAUCGGAGUUUCCAGAAGCAACAACAAGAUCAACAGGAAGAAUUGCAUCAUUUCAAAGAAACCAAUGAGCAGCCUAAGGAUCUUCUUCAUGAACCACAACAGCAACAACAACAGCAGCAACAACAACAACAACAGCAACAACAACAACAGCAGCAACAACACCAACAGCAACAACAACAACAACAGCAACAGCAGCAACAACAACAACAACAGCAACAACAACUCCAGCAACAUGAUCACUAUCUGCAACAACCAUCGCAAUAUCAACAGCAACAAUCACAGUCACAGCAAUACCACCAGCAGCAACCAUCACACAAUCAUAUAAGACAUAUUGUGACAACGGGCAACGUCACAGGUGCAGGAGUCGGUGGCAAUCCAAACUCUUUGAACUCACGGCAGCAGUUGCAACAUCGUUUUUCUCGGAAGCAACGUCUCAAUCAAUAUGUUCGCAAGCAGAUAUCAAAAUUCUUCGGCGUUGAUUCACAAACAGAGAACGACGAACGAGCUAUUUGGCUUGGUCGACAGCGCCGUUUUGCCAUACGUCGUUUUGGCUCUCUAAAAUCUGAGAGUGAGCUGAAUUCCAACAACGGCCGACGCCACAAUUCUGCCCAGCAACCUCCCACAGAACGACCCGAUAUAUUGCCCGCACAGACCGAGGAGUCACAAGCCCAGUCGCAUAUUAGUUUCGCAGACUUCUCCCACGGCCAACAUGUGGAGCGCAAGGCUUCUGUUCCCACUAUGAUCAUUUCAGGAAUGUCAUACAUAGUGCAAACUCUUAAUAAGCGUCAACACCGCAACCAGCGUCUAUGGUCCCGCAGUUUCGCACCAACUCAUGUCACCGCCAUCAAUGGCGACAAUCCAAGUGACAUCUGUGAAGGUCUCACCACAUUACAAGAGGAAGAUGUCUUUUUCGACUCCCCAGGUAACGAUGCAGGAAACUUCAAUAACAUCGUCAAUGGCCGAGCGGCCAGCGCAAAAAUUAUCGAACAUCAGCGGCAAAUUUAUAUGGGUGAGCGAGUUCACGGGUGGCGAACAUCUGCGAUCAUUGACCAGCAACUCACUCAACAACAGCAAACCAAUGGCGUCAACGGCCUAGGACUAGGAAAUGCAGUUGGAGUACAGCAGCGAAUAGGCAGCCGCGGCAUUCGCAUCUCAUCACAGCUGCUCGAUGGGGUACUCGAAAACUCGAGACGUCCAGUGGCACGAAAAGUUAAACUAUUCUCUGUACAAGAUCUCGACGAUCGCAAUGAUCACCGACCCUUUUUUACCUAUUGGAUCAAUACCGUGCAGAUUCUUGUCCUCAUACUGUCAUUGAUUUGCUACGGUAUAGGUCCAAUUGGUCUUGGUAUCGAGCAGAAAACUGGGCAGGUGUUGGUGCCGAGCUUGAGCUUGCAAACAGUGCAGCACCAUGAGCAACGAAAUGUGUGGAUUGGACCAAGAAAUAGUGACUUAGUUCACAUGGGAGCCAAAUUUGCGACGUGUAUGCGCAAGGACAUAAAAAUCAUGGAUGUUAUAUCGAAAACUAGAAGGCAAGAACGCGAGACUGCCUGUUGUAUUAGGAAUGAUGAUUCCGGCUGUGUUCAGAGUUCACAAGCCGAUUGUUCUGUGCGUGGAUUGUUUCCAACGAAAUCUAUUUCCACAUGGAAGAAAUGGUCACCGGGAGAGUCCGGACCAGGUGGCAGAAUUUCCGGCUCAGUUUGUGGCCUGGAUCCGAAGUUUUGUGAUGCUCCAGCUUCCAUUGCUCCAUACGAAUGGCCAGAUGAUAUCACCAAGUGGCCAAUUUGUCGCAAAACCAAUUCGUUUUCACAAAGAUUUCGUUUUAAGGAUCAUACCGCAGAACAUAUGGUAUGCGAAGUAAUUGGUCAUCCCUGUUGCACCGGAGUUUUUGGUGAGUGCCGCAUAACCACGCGCGAAUAUUGUGAUUUCGUUAAUGGAUACUUUCAUGAGGAAGCUUCAUUAUGCUCACAGAUUUCUUGCCUCAACAAUGUUUGUGGAAUGUUUCCGUUUUUUUCCAUUGAGGUGCCUGAUCAAUUUUAUAGGUUGUUCACGUCGUUGUGUCUACACGCUGGUAUACUACAUUUGGCCAUUACAAUUGCUUUUCAACAUGUCUUUCUGGCUGACUUGGAGCGUUUAAUUGGCCCAAUUCGAACCGCAAUUGUUUAUAUAGGCUCCGGAUUGGCAGGCAAUCUCACCAGUGCUGUGCUUGUUCCUUAUAAGCCUGAGGUUGGACCACUUGCUUCCCUAGCUGGGGUAAUUGCUUCUUUAGUUGUACUUUUGAUUCUAAUUCAUUGGAAACAGUUACGAAAACCGCAUAUAGCACUUUUCAAACUGAUUAUUAUUGGAGGCAUACUUUUUGGUAUUGGCACUUUACCAUGGCAGCUUAAUUUUGCUGGGUUGUUAGCAGGAAUUUUCUGCGGAAUAUUUUUGACUAUUGCACUGGUGCCAUUUGUAACUGUGACCAAAUAUGGUCGCAAGACAAAGAUAAACCUUAUAUGGACUUGUAUAUUAUUCCAUUUGUUUAUAUACACGGCGAUGCUUGUUAUUUUUUAUUUAUUUCCAACUGAAAUAACAUCGUUUAACUUUGGGGACGUAAUAAAUAGUGGUUUCAAUUUAAACGGUGGCAGCAUUGAAAGUUUUCGCAACAUCCAUGCAACACCAAAUAAUAACAAUCACCAUCAACAGCAACAACAACAACAGCAACAUCACCAUCACCACCAUUCAGAUGAUAUUAUAACCAAUACUGUGUUAAGUGGACUAACAACAAAUGAUAAUAGUGCGCUGCAAUAUCAAGAGCAAACGUUACAAUCUCAACAUAAAUCCUUUUAUCAUCGGAUGUUCAAUAGUAACUAUCACAAUCUCACCAAUUUUAACAAUUAUUAUUAUAUCAGUAAUAAUAACAAUAAUCGCAAGAUGAAUAAAACCAGCAAUAAUGAUGAUGUGCAAAUAAUAACACAACAUCAUAAAGCAACUUUAUGUAAAACCAAUAACAACAAUAACAACAAUAGUAUUAACAAUCCAAACACCAACCAUACCAAACAACAGCAGCAACAGCAUAAGAUUCAUGUUGCCACUGCACACUCAACAUCAGCGAUAAUGUUUAGAAACAUCGUUUUGGAAACAAAAUUAAACCCAGUCCCAGUUACAUCAUCAAAAAAUGUUAAAAUAAAUAAAAUAUCACCCUUGCUGCGCAGUGAUGAUCCUUAUGAUGAAAAUGAUAAUGAUAAUGAUGAUGAUACUACUGAUAAUAAAAGUGAUUCAGCUGAUAUUGCACGAUUUUCUGAAGUGAAAAACAAAGAUUAUCAACAUUUAAAUGUUGCAACAGUGGAAUCCGAAUCAUCAGCUUCUCCAUCGACGGUGUCAUUUUCACCUCCUUCGUCUUCAUAUUUUUCUUCGCCAUACACACCAAUUUUUAAGGAUAAUCAAAAUAAUCUGAAGCAGAAGGAAAAACAGCAGAAGGAAUCAGUAUCAGUAUCAGCCGCUGGCGCUGUUGCAAUCGCUACGGCAGCCACUGCAACAAUCGGUGCACCUAGUAUAAAAAUCAAAAACAGUUUCAUUCAACACAAAAGUAUUAUUAGUGCAUGACAUCUAUUUCAUUACUGAAUUCUGUUAGUAUAGCUAUUAAAUUAUUAUUAUUAUCAAUCAAUUUAUAUAUAAUUAUUAUGAAAUAAUUAAUGAAUUAAUUAAUUAUUAUUAUUAUUAUUGUAUUGAUUGUGGAUGUGAUUUUUAAAUACAGUUUUCAAAGUUAUUUAAGAAUUAUAUCAUUUUUGAAGUCACACAAGACUUUCAUUAAUUUAUUUAUUAAAAAAAAACAAAAAAAAAAAAAAACAACACAAAAAAUCAAAAAUAAAUUUAUUCCAAAAAUUAUUUAACAAACUUAGGUUUUCUUUUGUUUUAUGUUGUUGUUAAAAUGACUUAAGAUUUGCAUCAUUCUAUUCUAUAACAAAUAAAUCAACUGAAAUCCACAACAGAGUUUCUGGUAAUUUUAGAACUUCUUGUGCAUCACCCAAUUAGUAUUUUGAGCUUCUAUAAAGACAUUUAGAAGAUAUAUCUACUGUAAAAAUGUAUAAGGCAAAGCCACCGCCCCGCUUACUGCUCUCAAUGUCUUAUUACAAGAUUUUAUAAAAGCUGAAAUAUUAAUUGGCCAAUGGCGGUAUAGCAAUGAAAAUAGUUGCAGAAAAAAAAUAUUUUUCACAUCCUUAUUUAAAGUAAUGAAGUUUUUACUCCAAAAAUCAUUCUUACCGCAACUAACAGCAGAAAAAGUGCAAAUUACGAAACGAAACGUUGCCAGUCCCCAAAAAUAACAAAGUGAUUGUUUUGUCUUAAUAGGUUUAAAGUUAAUUAAAUAAAUUUCUCAUAAAUUUUUGAUAGCAAUGGUGGUUAUUUUUGUUGCCAAAAUCUCGCCUCGUUUUGGGAGUAUUUUCUCCAAACACCAAAAACUGAAAGAUGAGGCUUACAUAAUUUUCAAAGUAAUAAAAGUCGUCAACCUCCUUAAAUAUUAUGAAGCCAAAUCCGUAAGAUUUUUCAAUGAAAACAUACAGAAAAUGUUGAGUAUUAAUUAAAUUUAAUGAAGAUUGAAUUUUUUUUAAUUUUACAUUGAAUUAAAAUGAAAUCAAAUCCGUGAGAAUUCUAGUUUCUUUUCUUAACGUUAAACAUUAUCUGUAAAUAAAAGAAACCUCUUUUAAAUAUUUCUAAUGUUUUAUUUUAAAUAGACUUCCUUAGAAUGUGAAAUUACACAUAAAUUUAUUUCAUUCAUUUUUAACUCUGCAAGUUCUACCUACCCAUCAAAAUCCAAAGCACACUAAUUACACACACCAAGCCAACAAAUAAAAUUUUGCCCUGAAAAAAAAAUUUAAUAAAUAAAUAAAAAAAAAAAAAAACAAUCUACCACAUUAUAGAGUAAUAGAAAGAAAAUUAACAAAACUAUUUCCAUGUGUUCAUCAAAUCAAAGAAAAUAAUUUGUUGGCUUGUCAAAAAGAGAAAUUAUUAUUAAAACAAUAAGUUGAACAGACAUAAGAAAAAAAACUAAAAUUAAUAAAAUGAAAUUUUAAACCGAAAACCAAAAAAAAUAAUAAGCAGUAGUAAAUAAAAUGCUAUACGUUAAGUAAAUUAAAAUGACUUCAAAUAUUAAAAAAAAAAAAAAA